UUCUACAGGUGGAGGCGGCUCCGGCGAGCCUGUCCGGUACCAGCAGAACCGGGUCUGUAUAUAACCGCGCGUCGCUGCUCAGAGCACCGUCAGCGCGGGAAGAUGUCGAUGCACCUGUACCAGAUGGGCGUGAAGGUUCUGGGGGAGACGGUCCACCAGAACCUGACCUCGGUACUGCUGGCCGCCACCUGCGUCACCCUGACGGUGGCCUACGUCUCCAAGGUUCUGCUGAGGGCGGGAGCGCGCGGAGAGGAGAAGGCUCCUCCUCACAUCCCCUCCAGUAUCCCCUUCCUGGGUCACGCUGUUGCUUUCGGCAAAAGUCCCAUCGAGUUUCUGGAGAAAGCCUACGACCAGUACGGCCCCGUCUUCAGCUUCACCAUGGUGGGGAAGACCUUCACGUACCUGCUGGGCAGCGACGCCGCCGCGCUCAUGUUCAACAGCAAGAACGAGGACCUGAACGCCGAGGACGUUUACUCCAAACUCACCACGCCCGUGUUCGGGAAGGGCGUGGCCUACGACGUCCCCAACCCGAUCUUCCUGGAGCAGAAGAAGAUGUUCAAGACCGGCCUGAACGUGGCGCGCUUCCGGGAGCACGUGAAGCUGAUCGAGGCGGAGACGGCGGCGUACUUCCAGAGAUGGGGGGACGGCGGCGAGCGCAACCUGUUCGAGGCUCUGUCCGAGCUCAUCAUCCUCACCGCCAGCAGCUGUCUGCACGGGAAGGAGGUCCGCGGCAUGCUGGACGAGCGCGUGGCGCAGCUGUACGCCGACCUGGACGGAGGAUUCAGCCACGCCGCCUGGCUGCUGCCCAGCUGGCUGCCGCUGCCCAGCUUCAGGAAGAGAGAUCGAGCUCACAGAGAGAUCAAGAAGAUCUUCUUCAGGGCGAUCGAGAAACGCCGCAAAUCUGGAGAGAGAGUGGACGACUUCCUGCAGACCCUCAUGGACGCCACGUACAAAGACGGCCGUCCUCUGGACGAUAACGAGAUCGCGGGGAUGCUGAUCGGCCUCCUCCUCGCGGGUCAGCACACCUCCUCCACCACCAGCGCCUGGAUGGGCUUCUUCCUGGCCAAAGACCGGACGCUGCAGGAGCGCUGCUACGCCGAGCAGAAGGCCGUGUGUGGAGAAGAGCUGCCUCCUCUGGACUUUGAUCAGCUGAAGGACCUCAGCUUGCUGGAGCGCUGUCUGAAGGAGACCCUGAGGCUCCGCCCACCUAUCAUGACCAUGAUGAGAAUGGCCCGCACGCCUCAGACGGCGGCGGGGUUCACCAUCCCGGUGGGACACCAGGUCUGCGUCUCGCCGACCGUCAACCACCGCCUGCGGGACGCCUGGGCCAAGAGGACGGAGUUCAACCCCGACCGCUAUCUCCAUGACAACCCGGCUGCCGGGGAGAAGUUCGCCUACGUGCCGUUUGGAGCCGGCCGCCAUCGCUGCAUCGGAGAGAACUUCGCCUACGUCCAGAUCAAAACCAUCUGGUCCACGCUGCUGCGCACGUACGAGUUUGAGCUGGUGGACGGAUACUUCCCCUCCAUCAACUACAGCACCAUGAUCCACACGCCGCACAACCCCGUCAUCCGGUACCGGAGGAGGACGCCGUGACGGCCGCCGCCGCCGUGAGGGACCAGGACUGUGUGAACGGACCUUCUGAAAGAUUCUGAGCUGAAGAUUCUUCUGAAGCUUCAGAUCUCGUCCAGGAAGAUCCAUGAGUGACUGAAUCAAACCGACGGUUUUCUGCAGAAAAGUUUCCAAAAACGGAGAAAAUAAAAUGAGUUUUUAUAUUUAAGUGAAUCUUUGACUCCGCCCUGAAACGUCUGAUGAUCUUCAGCUGCUCCAGCUGUCACAGGAAUGUCCAAACAUCCAGAACGUUGGCACAAAUCUGCAGGAUCUGCUUAGAGUGAAUGAAAACAAGAUGGAACACUUGGAAAAAAUGAAAAUUGGAAAACAAGUUCAGACCCAAAAAUACAGAUUGAAAAAAAUGAAAAAGAAAAUUAAAUUCUAAACUUGAAUUAAAGACUAAACUGUUACCAAUAAAAA